AUGGAUAAUUCCCCAAAGGGGAACUUCCUUUUUUUUCAAAAGAAUAAAAGUAAUGAUAAUCAACUGAGUCAUAAAUGUGAAGACACCAUGUAUGCCAAAGGAGAGGACAAGAAAAGUGGGAAGAGGGGCGCCACAGACAGCAAAGGCAUGACACCUGUCCUAAAGGAUCAAGGGGUUAAUAUUUAUAUCAAUACCCCACCGAGUAUGUUUGAUAAGAACAUAAGCACGGGCCAAAAAUAUGAUAGUUUGACUGGGGCCAUGCCGGGCUCUUCCCCCAUGGGUGAAAAAAUUCCCGACCAUAUGCAGAGCAUUUUUGCCGAUCGGGGCGUAGACAUGAAGAAAAUGCCCUGGAUGGAGGAGAAGGCAAUCCCAGGCGGUAUGAGUAGUUACGCGGUGAGGAAUUACAAGGGUAGUGCCUACGCCGUCAGCGGUCACGGGGGGAGCAGCAACACGGAAGGCUCAAAGGAGCCCCCUAAGAACCCCCAGCAGUUUAAGCCCAAAUUUAACAAAAAUAAAAAAAAUCCAACCAAGGAGGACAGCAACAUGAACCCUAUGUCGAAAGACAUCAAAAUUCGAAAAAGCAACAUUCUAGAAUUGAACAAGUGGGGGGACAACACCGGGGACAACAGCAGCAGUUACGCUCCCCGAAAUGGUGCGCGCGAUAAGGUAAUUCCAGGGGAACACCAGGAACACGUACAGAAGGACCUGAGUAGCCAAGAGGAACUCUCUGGGGAAGGCAAAAGAGACAACGGAAAGGAGAAAAAGGAAAAGGCCAAGAGGAAAAACAAAGACAAGAACAAAGACAAUAAAGGGAAAGGGAAAAAUGAAGAGCGCGAAAGGGAGAAAGAUAAAUCCAUUUCUAAGGGCAAAGCGAAAGAGUUUGACUCGAAGGAUCAAGAGGAGGGCGACAAGAAGAAGGAGCAUCUUUCCAUUAGCAACCAGAACAUCAUCCUGAAUAGCAGCCUGAACAGCAACGCGAAUAGCAAUCCGAGUACCACACCAAACAGUAGCAUUAACGUCAUGCUGAGUAACGCCUUGAAUAGCGGACUGAAUACCGGUCCCAGCAUCAUCCUCAACGCGGACAACAAAAACAGCGGGAAGAAUAAAAAGGCGAAGAACAAGAAGGGGGACGCGCACCAAGGCAAGAAAAACGAACCUGGACAAAACAAGAAUAAUGAUUCUCCACAAAACAAGAAGAAUGAUUCUCCACAAAACAAGAAGAAUGAUUCACCACUAAACAAGAAGAAUGAAAUGAUGAAAAAUAAGAAAAUGGAUUCCCCGCAAAACAGGAAGAACGAUACGGGGCAGAACAGAAAGAACGACUCGCCGAAUAACAGGAAAAAUCAUUCGUCACUAAACAGGAAAAACAAAAGGGAAGAUUUCAUCACAGGUAUGAAUGCAAAUUUCCUGCUAGACCAAGGAGAUGGGACAAUGAUCAAAAAUGAGCUACUCAUGGAAGGUAGUGUGAUUGGGAAGAAUAAAAAUAUGGACAGCUCGAUGAACUUUUCCGAGCACUACAGUUACUAUUACAGCAAUAACAAAAAUGACAUUCCCACCAUGAGCACCUCCAGAAGGGGAGCAUUCAAUAAAGUCCACUUGGAUCUCUACUGCGACAGUAAUAGUGGGAGCUACAUGAUGGAUUCCAGUGACAGCAAAGGAUUCAGGUAUAAGAAGGAGCCUCGAAAUGAUAUGUUCAAGUUUGGAAAUAACAAUUUUGGCAGCGCUAGUGGUCACGGCAGCGACUCCGGUCUUGUUGGGAGUGCAGGUAACCAUGGCGGCUUUGGAAACCAUGGCAGCCUCGACAACCUUGGGGGCCUAUCCCUGAGCGACAAAUUCCACAUGAGUAAAAGUUUCUUCAAAUCGCACGAAAUGGGGAACUACCCUUUUCAAGAUUUAAGCAGCACGUAUGACAAGUAUAAGACCUCCUUCGAUCCCACCUCCUUGUGUGAAUUUCUCGACCACGAGACGGGCAAGAGACAUCUGCACAACAAAGGUUUAAGCAGCCACGGUGAGAUGAAAAAUGUUAAGGACAACAAUCACAACGUCAUGAACUUAAAAGCCACCAAUAUCAUUGGCAUCAACAGAACCAAUCAUAUGCACCUCAAUCUGAGCAGUAAGGAUAACCGGCUCGGCAUUACCAAAGGGAGCGAUAAGAGAAUGGCUAGCAAUAUGAUACACCCGAGUGGCAGUCAUCUAGGGAAAAAAUAUAUGAGUAGCAAAAAUUUGCAAAGCUUUAAUAAUAAGUUGAACUUUUCCAGCGAAGGAAUCGAACUGGGCAUGAGUCCCAAGAUGAAUAUGUUUAACAACGUCGGUGAUGUAGGCGGGAGUUCCCUGGGUGGGAGCAACGCGGAGGGGAAUAAUAUGUCUGCGUCUAAUAUGGGUAGUCACCUGGCAAGCAAUAACGUCGGAAGCAAUAACGUCGGAAGCAAUAACGUCGGAAGCAAUAACGUCGGAAUAAAUAACCUGGGAAGUAGUCACCCAGGGAGCAGCCUAAGCAGCAACAACUUGGGGAGCAGCAACAGCGUGGGCAACGUACUGAAGGAUGAAAGCCACCUUCUGGGGAGAAGAAGCUACAACAACAUGCUGAGCAACAGCAGCAUGAACAUGAACCCCAUGAUGGACGGAGAAAAUAAUAAUUUGCUCCACAAUAGCUAUGCGAACGUUACCAACGUAGUAAGCAGCAGCAAUGGGAUGGGUGGAAGUGGCAGCAAGGUGUAUAACAGUGGGGUUGGUGAGGGAAACAUGAACGAAAGCAUGAAUAAUGUAGGAAGCUUAAACGGAACCACCUUCCAAACGAAUAAGUCCAACUCUAGCGUAAAUAACAGAGCAAACAGUAACAAGAAUCAUAUGAAUGACUUAGUGAGUGGGCAGAACUACGUAAGCAAUGUCUUACUGUAUGACAGUGGAGGGGAUAUGUAUAAUGGAAAGGUUGGAAGAAUGAAUGGCUAUGCAAGGCACAACGUACCUCCCUUUUCAGGACAGAGCUUGGACAGCUACGCAAAUCAGAACGUGGAUAAUUACGCCAACCAGAAUGUCGAUAAUUAUGCCAACCAGAAUGUAGACCAUUAUGGCAGCCCCAACAUGGACAGCUACGGAAAUCCCAACGGGGACAACUACGGGAGCCCGCAUUUAGAUAACUAUGGCGGACCGCAUCUAGACAGCUAUGCGAACCCUGUGAUGGAUAACUACGUGAACCCAAUUAUGGACAGCUACGCCAAUGGAGCCAUCGAUGGAUACGCCAACGCGCGCAUGGAGAACUAUACCAACCCACGAAUGGACAAUUAUGACAACCUGAGUGUGGAGAACUACCCCAGCCCGAACUCGGACAGAUACGCGAAUCGCAACUUGGAGAAUUAUGCUAGCCCUAACGGGGACAAUAAUUAUGCGAACCCUAAUCUGGACAAUAGUUAUUCCAACCCUAACGUGGAGAAUUAUACUAACCCCCGCUUGGAUAACUUCGUAAACCCGCACAUGGACAAUUUCGUGAACCCUCUCAUGGACAGCUACAUGAACUCGAACAUAGACAGCUUUGCGAAUCAGAAUCUGGACAACUAUACUGGCCAAAACAUGGGCAGUUUUGCCGCCCCCAAUGUGGACAAUUUUGGUCCCCCCAAUGGAGACAAUUUUGGCUCCCCCAAUGUGGACAAUUUUGGCCCCCCCAAUGGAGAUAAUUUUGGCUCGCCUAAUGGAGAUAACUUCGCCCCACCCAAUGUAGACAAUUUUGCCCCGCCUAAUGGAGAUAACUUCGCCCCGCCCAGUGGAGGAGAGUCCUACCCCCAUGAGUACACGAAUAGCCUUCCUAUGAAUUACCUAAACGGAGGAAUGACAUCGACACUGAGCAACAGCAGAGGCACAUCUUCUAUAAACAACAUGAGUCAGCACUCAAACGAGCUUAGUAUCACAUCUGCGAACAUGCUGAACAGUCUGGUAGGGAAAAAGAAUAACUUGCUUCUCAGUUCCAUGAACAACCCAGUCAGCAGCUCCAAGGCAAACCUCGGCGUGAGCUACAUCAACGACACAUUUAAGAAGGCGUCCAAUUUGUUUUUAGAAACUGCCAUGAAAUGGACCAGAAAUAGCAGUGGAAAUAAAGUAAAAAGAAACAAAAAUAAAGGGUCUCUAGAAACCAAAGGGGCAAAUUACGAAAUGACAUCAUCAUCGAAGGAAGGAAACGGAAGUGGCAUGUUGUCAGAUAGAGGGGGCGUCAACUAUGUACUGGAGGAUCAUCCUCCAGGGAGAGCAAAAUAUGUACAUAAUGGCGAAAUGGCGGAGCAGACAAACGAUAACGAUGCCGCAAGUGCAUUGACAAAUGCAAUCGCAAUUGCCAUCGCAAAUGCGAACGCAACGUCUACCAAUGGGGCAGACAGUAGCGUCCAACACAUGAAGUGCCUCGAAAAAAACGAUACCAUAAAGAAGAAGGUCAAAACGGAGAAGAGGGCCCACGUGAAGAACAUUAAAAUAAAUAUAAACAAAAUUAACCUGUUCCAAAAUAAAAAGAGGAAAUAUCUGGCCGAAAUUAUCCGAUGCGAACUUAUUUGGGGCCCCACCAAAAAUAAAGAACCCAUCACUCCAGUGGAGAGUUGCGAGCUACACCCCGUUGUUAUCAUAAAAGAUCAGUAUGGACAUCUCUACGACGACGAUGAAGACAAUGAGAACAAUCCGAUAGGAAAAACGGUUAAUAUUUUUUACAGAUGGAGUAGAGGACCCCCUCGAACCGUUUGCUUUUUCCAUCCACAGAAAAUUGCUUGCCUACAAUGCACCGUCACGUUUCGAUGCUUCUGCUCCUAUGAAUGCUUCAUGAAAGGGUUUGAUCACUUGCACAAGUAUUAUCGGAGCAAUGGUCUCAUUAAUAUUCCUUCGCACCCGAAUCUUCAUACCUAUGGCGUACCUUGCUCACCCUUCGAUUGGGACAACUAUGAGAAAAAUAUCGAGUUUGAUGAGAGACACUACAACUCGCUUGUGCAGUCUGGGUUGCUAAACUCGCCCGAUAUGGAGAAGUGGGAAAUAAUUAACAAUGAGAGGAACUACAUCCCGUGUUUGAAAGACGUGGGGCACCAAAUAAUGCUGGAGACUAUGUUGCUGGAUAAGAAUAACACGUCAUCAGAGGACGAGACGACCAGCUCGGACGAAUGUGAGGAUGGCAGCGUCGGCGAGGAUAGCAGUGCGGAUGAUAGCGAUGUGGGAGUUGGCCAAGUUGGCGAAGUUGGCGGUGUUGACGAACUUCUUAAAGGCCAAGUGCGCGAGGGCAGCGAUUGCGUCCUGUCCUUCGCCGAUGAGAAGAGCCCGCGGAAGAAGCAACACCCCGCAGCGUACGCGCGGUAUGGAUCUGUGCAGUCGAGCGAGUUGGAUUCGAUAACCCCGGAGCAGGUGGCAAGCUUCAAUAAUAUACACUAUGCUGGUAACCAUAAGGAGGAGGACCACUACUCCGGGCAGUUCACCGACGGAAGCGGCAUCAUCAGUGGGGAAGCAGACAGGCCUGACCGGAACCAUGCAGGCACCACCAGGGUGUUCACCUCAAAGGGGGACUCCUCGACCGAGGCAAACAGGAAGCAAUCGUUGUAUAAUCAUGGCACGUUCAAUGGGGACAAUAACGUGUGUACGUCAGCAGCAGAGGAGGACAACGACCCAACGAAGGAAGCGUACACAAGAAGGAGUGCCCUUAAUCACAGCGCGAAUGGAGAAAGUGAAGGAAAGGAAAAGAGAAUGGACCGUUUGGGAAUUACUUCUAUGCACAACCGGGACGACGACGACGCGCUUCUGCGUAGCGAUGGAGCCAUACGUAUAAAGAGUGGAGGCGAACCGACAAGUGAGUUAAGCAUCCCGAGUGCUGACACCAAGGAGGGGUUAACCGAAUUGAAGGCCAACAACCUGACGACGCCUGCGAAUGGAUGCGCUGGAGAGAACGUCGAGGAUAAGAAAACGAAUGAGGGUAAUGGAAGGGGCAUGUCGAGUAGUCCUAGUAAAAGCGCAACGGACGAAGUGGAAGGCAGCGCCGCCCUGGACAAGCUCACCUCCGAAAGGGAAAAGAAGCAAAUCCAGAGAACCGAGCCAACUCACUCAACCAAACCAUCCCAGCAAAACACCCAUGAGCUGAAGAAGAACAAGAAAAAGCGGAAAAAGAAAAAAAUCUACAUACUGGAUGACCAAGUGUGGAACAACAUAAGGGACCCCAACAUUUAUCACAAAAUAAUCACGGGGUGUUGUAUCCCUAACUUGACUAUCUCCCCGAACUAUAACGUAACUUGUUUUAAUAAUUCCAAUGCUACCAAUCCUCAGAACCAGUUUACCAUCAUGACAUGGAACGUGCUGGCCGAGAUUUACGGAACGAUCGAGGCGUUCCCUCACUGCGACCCUUAUAUGCUGGCCUGGUCCUAUCGCAAGACGAAGAUCAUUCAGGAAAUUUUGAACAACAGCCCGGACAUCGUGUGCCUGCAGGAAAUCCAGAACGAACACUUCCUGGACUUUUUCAAACCGUCGCUGGGCGAAUUCGGCUACGAAGGUGUGUACAAACAGAAGACAAAGGAGAUAUUCACGUCCCCGUCGGGAAAGAGAAGAGGAGGAAAGUACACAAUAGAUGGCUGCGCUAUAUUUUACAACAAAAAGAAGCUCAAGUUUGUGGAGACCUAUGCCUUAGAGUUUAGCAAGCUGAUCAAGGAGGCCUCCGUGUUUACUUUGCCAAAGGAGAUUCAGAAAAACCCAUGCUUGGUGAAGCGACUCUUAAAAGAUAACGUGGCGCUGGUCAUACUGCUGGAGUACAUACAGCAGUAUUCAAAAAUUUAUGACACUAAGGAGGAAGACGGGGAGGAGCAGAAGCCGAAUAAAAAUCUCAUCAUAGUUGCCAACACACAUAUUGUAGCAAACCCGGAAGCCAAUUACGUGAAAAUCUGGCAAACACAAAUAUUGGUUAAGGUCGUUGAAUAUUUGAAGAUAAAUUUUAUAAAAAAAUAUGAAACUGUUCCCAGUUUGAUUAUAUGUGGAGAUUUUAACAGUACCCCUUCUAGUGCGGUCUACCAGUUGAUAUAUAAAAAAACCUGCAGCAGGAGUCAUGAGGACUUCAGUUCAGACAAGUAUAGCCUACUGACGGAUCUGCCCCUUGGACACAAUUUAAAUCUGAAGUCAGCUUACGCCAUCUCGAAGUUACUCUCCCAGAAGCUUAACCCGGAAGAGUAUACUUCCAAUUUGGAGAUCUUCGAACCUUUGUUUACAAAUUACACCGGGAAUUUCAUAGGAUGCUUGGACUACAUUUUUUACAAUGACGAAAAUUUGAAUAUCAUUUCUACCGUCAACAUUGCUGAUGAGAAUCAGCUCAUGCAGGAGGCGCACAUCUACCAGCUGUCCAAUUGCGCACUGCCUAGCCCCAUUCGCCCCUCCGACCACUUGCCCCUCAUCGCCAAGUUCGAGUUCAAGAUUUAUUGA